UGUCCAUCAUUGACGAAUAAAAUUCCUGCUUUUAGUAUAUUUUGCCCAUUAGCGGCAGGGGGAAAAAAACGGCAUUUGGAGGAGGUGAGAGAUUUGAUUCACUUUCAAAUAUCAUUAGCACAACCUAGUCGACAGACGUACGCUCGAUAAAUAUGAACCAAAGUAAUUUUUGCUAUCAGAAUGCCUUCAGCUUUCAGUCGCAUGGCUAUCGAAUGGGUGUAGCUACAGGUUAUUCACUGACAUCUAUUUCUGCAGUUUCUCUGAAUACCCUGGUUUUUUUCACGAUUUGGAAGACUUCGACGCUACACAAGCCUUCGUAUAUUCUACUAGCGAAUCUUGCCUUGACAGAUUUAUUGGUUGGAGCAAUUGUUCAGCCCAUGACGGUAAUGAUCAACAUUGCAGCACUCAAGAACUGGAAUAAGCUAUUUUGCUUGUUGUCCGCUACUUCUCGCGUAGUUGGGUAUUGGCUGGGUUCCGUGUCUCUGUUUACUCUGACUUUGAUAAGUGUUGACCGUCUUUUGGCCAUCAAUCUCAAGAACAGAUAUCGCACCACUGUUUCUUUGGAGCGAGUUAUCCGUACUCUGGUGUUCUGGUGGCUUAAAGCUCUGGUCGUGACGGUGUUGAACAUUUUUAUGAAUUCGAACGGAGAGUCAUCUAAUCUACUGUUUAUCGUUCCUGCUGUCAUUAUCUGUAGCUUGCUUGCAGUCAUUACUGUGUGCUAUGCUUUAUCUUUCCAUACCUUAAGAAAACUAUCCAAGCCGGUAGUUAAAGUCACUACAGGCGAAAGAGUUGCUGCUAAAAAUGCUGAUCCAAAACUGCCCACGAUUCCAGAAAACUACACCUUUGAUGUCUGUAAAUAUCGACGAUCGCUAAAGACCAUGCUACUUGUCUUUAUCUCUAUAUUAAUCUUUUAUCUGCCCUAUUUGUGCGUUGUUAUCGCAAUGGCAUUCAGAUUUACAGAAAAAUGGAUGGAAGACGAUGCAGGACUUUUUCAUGUAAAAUUACUGGUUUUGAGCGAGCUUCUCGUUAUCCUAAUUUCUACAACCAAUCCUGUAAUCUACCUUUGGCGAGUGAAAGAUUUCCGAAAAGCUUCCAUAAAGAAAUUGAAAGAAUUUCUCAAGCUAGAAUCUAAUGAAAUCAUUGAACUGGACAGCUAAACCGUAAUGUAGCUUUACACUAUAUCGCGUAUUUAUACGGAGAAAAUAUUUGGAUUUCAUUAAUUUAAGUGCUGCGCUCUACCAUUCUUAGCAUUCACGUCCGUCUCGAUCCGUAGACACGGUCAAAUCCAACAUCAAAAGCCUGAAUUAAAGUUUCAGCAGCUGUCGGGUUCGGCAAAUGGGGAUGGACAUAAUUGAUAUCUUUAUUCCAUACAAACAACCAUUUUGUAUAUGGAAUACAUAAACGUAGUAUGAAUAUGUACUGUUUAAUAAACGAGCGGGAGUGUUUUAUCGGGUAUAAAACACGAGGCGUAGCCGAGUGGUUUUAGACCCGAUAAAACACGAUCUGAGAGUUUAUUGAACGGCUUA